CAUAUCCACCCUGCUUGCCACCCUCCACCUUCAUAAAUAAAAGCUCUCCUUUGAUGCUUCCACCCAACUCAAGUGAAAAGGAGAGCAGAAUGGCACUUCUAGCUUUGUUCAUUGCUUCCCUCCUGACCUCUGCUGCCAUGGACACCACCGAGGCAGUCCAAUACAAGGCCAGCAAUAACGCCGCCGGCACCCCCGGCGGCACUCGCUUCAAUAAAGAGAUCGGUCUCGCCUACUGCCAGCAGGUGCUUGCAGCUGCCUCUUCCUUCGUGUGGUCUACCUUCAAGCAGUCGGCGGCGGACAGGAAGAAAGUCCAGCUCAUCACCCUGGUGGUCGAAACCAUGGAUGGCGUCGCAUACACGAGCAACAACGGGAUCCACGUCAGCGCCAACUACGUCGCCAGCUACUCCGGCGAUGUGAAGACGGAGAUCACCGGCGUGCUCUAUCACGAGGUGACCCAUGUCUGGCAGUGGAACGGGAAAGGCGCGGCGCCGGGAGGGCUGAUAGAAGGGAUAGCAGACUAUGUGAGGCUGAAGGCUGGGUAUGCUCCAAGCCACUGGGUUAAGCCCGGCCAGGGAGACCGGUGGGAUCAAGGGUAUGAUGUCACUGCGUAUUUCCUUGACUACUGUAACAGUCUUAAGGGUGGAUUUGUUGCCCAACUCAAUGCCAUGAUGAAGAAUGGGUACAGUGAUAACUUCUUUGUAGAGCUUCUUGGCAAAACAGUAGAUCAGCUAUGGAGUGACUAUAAGGCUAAAUAUGGAGGAGUUUGAGAUCUUGUUUGGUAAUAAUUAUAGAUUAGUAUAUAGCGUAUGAACGGAGAAGACGAUGUUGUUGGAAAAUAAGCCUGAUUUUGGAUUACAAAAGUAAAAAAAAUCGGGCUCAAUUAAUCUUGAAUUGGGUUAAUAAAGGCAUGAAUUCUAGAAGAUUUAUUUUCAAAAAUAUCUCUCUAGAAUAUGCUUAAAGUAUUAUAUGUCUAGAACUUUCUUUAGAAUAUGUUUAAAAUAUUCUGUGCCUAAAACUUUCUCUAGAAUAUGCUUGGAAUAUAUUUGGAAUGUGCAAGAAUAUUUUGUAUCUAGAACUUUCUU